GUGUUUUGCUGCGCGCUGAUGAAUAUGAAGAGUCCUGUCUUGACACUGAUGCGAAAUAUAGGAGAUUCGUGGUGACAGUUUCGGGCUCCUCACAGAGAAAAUUAAAUUUCAAUUUUUAAAAAAAUGCACCGAAAGAGUCCACAGGCCACGGAGCCCCGUAGUGACUCGGCAGUUUUAUCCUCGUGGCCGGUGGUUUUAAAGACACUGAUCGAGAACCCGCCGCAGCAACUGCUGGAUAAUGAAGGGAAAGAUGAGGAAAAAGAGAAGAACGUAGAUGAAGCGGCCAGCAGCACCAUGGCGGCAUCUGCUUCCCUCAUGCCAACCAUCUGGGACAAGACCAUCCCAUAUGAUGGGGAGACCUUCCACCUUGAGUACAUGGACCUGGAUGACUUCCUUUUAGAGAAUGGUAUUGCAGGUAGCCCCAGCCACCUCGACCUGCAGGAUGCACUGGAUAAUAGCCUCUUGCCCGUGGAGGAGCUGGAGAAGAAGGACCUGUCUUCUACACUGUCCCCACCUGCUUGCGGAAACGUGAUGUACUCAACAGUGAACUGCAACGAUUCUGAUGGAAACCAGUCUGAAUGUACUUCUCCAUGCCCAGUUGACCCAGAGGCGAUUGAUGUGUUGGUGAACUUUGAACCAGACCCUACCGACCUGGUGCUGUCUAGUGUUCCCGGGGGAGAGCUGUUCGAUCCCCGUAAGCACAAGUUUUCUGAUGAAGAGCUCAAACCACAGCCUAUGAUUAAAAAAGCAAAAAAGACCUACGUUCCACCUGAUCAAAAGGAUGACCGCUACUGGACAAGACGCAAGAAGAACAACCUGGCAGCCAAGCGCUCCCGAGACGCCCGGAGGCUGAAGGAGAAUCAAAUCACGGUGCGAGCGGCCUUCCUGGAGAAGGAGAAUUCGGCCUUGAGGCUGGAAGUGGCCGAGCUUCGCAAGGAGGUGGGACGCUACAAAAACAUCAUCUCCAAGUACGAAGCCAAAUAUGGCACUUUGUAAGAGACCUCCAGCUGUCCAGGUCAGGGGUGGGAGAUAAUGGUUAUAUUAAAAAUUCCCACGUAAAGGGACGGCCAUAACCUGCUAUUUUAAAAGAGCACAAUUUCCUCUUCUCAGCUAUUCCCUUGCACAACCCUCAUAAAACGAGUUGACUGGUUUUUAAAUGUAUUCAUGGAGUAUAUAUCCUCAAACAUAACUUUAUAUUACUUUGAAACAAAAUACAGUAACUCUUCCUGUCCUUUUGGGUGCCGUGUUACAAACCAGAGGCCUGUCUGCUUGUUGGAGCUUACAUUAAACUCUUAACAGGAAGAUAAUGGGGUUUGAUUUUAUUUCUGAUAUUGGCUGGGCCUUCCCGUUGUCCCGGACCGUUCUUUGUUGUACUGAGCUGGAUAAAUUUAAUGAUUUGUUCCUGUUAGUGGCACCUUUCAACAUUCAUGUCUUUUAAGCUUCAAAAAAAAAGCAGCUCCUUCGCAAAACCAAGAAAGAACGUAAUAGAUAGGGUGCAGGAAUAGUUCCCACCUCACUUGCCUCACAAUUCAAUAACUUGUACAUAAUUAGUUCUCUUCCUUCCCCAAGUGCUUAGAAAUCUCAGUCCCAGACUUGAGACUGAUAUUUGACAGUACAUUAUCUUUUUCCUUGAAGCCUGUAUGUUGGCCUGUAUUUUCUCCCCAUGUUUGUCUAUUCUGCUAGGCUGCAUACAAUAUAGCCUACCUGUUCCCUUUGAAACAGGAGCAACUGUGCUGGUACCUUGCUCUGUGGCAUGGUCAGUAGAUGGACACAAACGCUGCUCUUCCCACCAAACUUACUGUGCAGUACAAAUGGACACAAUUUGCAUCAGCUAGAUGACUGUGGUGGAAAGCCUGUAGAAAAUGAUUGCCCCGGUCUGAACACAGGGGCAAGCUGAGAUAGCAACAGGCUUGGUGAAGAUUGUGCUCUCUUUUUCCUCUCGAGUUGUAACUCCUGGAGCUUUUAACGGUAUGGUGGAGGGCCUUGAGGUGAGAUUCAUUUUAUUAAUGUAUGCAAUCAGUUGUGGCAUGAACAUUGUCCUGUCCCCUUUAAGUGUUGGUAGGUCUUAGAAUAAUUCAAGUAUGUUUGUUUUUUUAUACCACAUCUGAAUUGGGCACAAAGAACUACUGACACAAAAGGUGUAAGCAAGUAGAACCUGACUUUUAAAUGUGUCCGUAAUCUCAAUAUGUUGCUGUGCAUUUUAUCAUUUUAUAUCUCUUUAACAACCCCUCCCACACAUCUGCCUUCACACCUUUAUUAAGUACACAACUCCCAGGUGAUGCAAGUCUGACACCGCACUUGACACCGCACUUAACCCCUCCUUCCCCACAACCCUCUGGAGAUUCCGGUGCUAAUACGUUAUUCAAAAAUCAUUCCCUGAAUGUUUGAAUUUAUUAUAUUUACUUGCUCCCCCUUACUAACUGAAGCCUUGGGAAGUUGAACGCAGCAUACAGAAAUGAGAUCUCCCUCAAGCAGCUGGCGAUUACAAAAGCAAAGUGAAAGUUUUUUUAAUGUUUUUAGGGAGAACCAUUCCAUGCAGGAGUAAUUACUGGGGGAAUGGUAAUGUGCUAUGCAACAGAUAAAGAAACUACCACAAUUUGCGAAAUAUGCCAGUUUUAAUUUUGUUUGAGAUGUAGGUUUUAAACUUUGCAUUUAAACUUUUUUACAUCCCCUGGCACCAGGAUUCAUUUCCUUUUCCAUGGCUAUUUUUAAAGGGAGCACAUUCCAGUGAUUUUACAAUCCAGGUGCAGUCUACAACCGAAGCUGAGUCAAGGCAAUGGAAAAGCCCAAAUGUAGUAGCUUCAUAGUCGUACAUUCAGUCCUUUAUUAUUGCCUAUUACUACAUAAGACAUAACUGCAGAGAUGUUAAUGCUGAGCCUUUGCAAGAUGUUGGAAUGUCAUGCACAGUUCUGGUCUCCAUAGGCAUGUGGAGAAGGUGCAUCAAAGAUUCGCGAGAACUGAGUGGUUAUAAUCAUCAGAUGAAAAUGGUGAAAGAAACAAGGGAAAGUCUGAGAACAGUUCUUCAGAUAAAUGAGGGAUUUGAUAGAGUAGAGAGGAAGUUAAUGUUUCAUGUGUGAAGAGUUCAAAAUAAGUAGUACAUCGAACCUGUGGUUUACCCAAGAGUGGUGAGAUACGACACUCGCUUGGGGUGAACUACGAAUGUAGCUGGGUAUGUACAUGAGGGGGAAAGAAAUGGGAGAUGCGUAUAACCACUAUGGCUUAUUUCUCUGCUAUUAGUUCUAUAAAUUGGCAGAAACUGUAAUGACAUGCACAGUUUUUGUACUAAAUUACAUUUGCAUUUGUAAUAAGAAAAAAAAAAUUGGACAUGGAAAAUUCUUAAUGCACCAGAGAGCACUGGCUUUCAAACCACUGAGUUCACUGCACUCCAAAAGCAAUCCCUCUCACCCCAUCAGUGGUGGGUUUCCACGUGUACCAGGAGCCAGGCUUCUGUAAAGUGGCUGAGUGGGCACAUGAAAUGUCAAAUUUGACCCCCUCCUAGAUUAAACAUUUUGCUGUUGCUAUGUUUGUAGUGUAGAGACUGCCAUGGUAUCUAUAAGUGUAAUUGGCAAUGGGGAGGGAAGCAAUUCUGGGCCUGCUACUGGCUGUAGUAGCCAACGAUAGCUGCAAGCACAGGUAAUUAAAAAACUAUGUGGUUGUAUGUAACACGUUAAAACUGGUGGCUGGAUAAUACCUGCACUCCCUGUUGCAGGGUUUUGUUUUUCCGCAGUAACUUUUAACAGCUUGCUUGUAUGAAACAAUGUGCAUUUAAUAAAAUAUAUCUAUCUUAUAUAUGAAGCCUCUGUGUUCUGGCAGUGUCUCUGCUGUGCAAUUAGAUUUGCGUGAAUCGGUUAUAUAAACAGAGAGCUUUUUUAUCAGGGAUGUUAUGGUGUAGAAUUGCUGUCAUUUUCUGCCUUUUCAGUUAUCUGUUGUUUGCUCCUUGAUCGAGGAAAGCUGAUUUCUAACCUUCCAAGAUCAGCAGGUGGGCAGUGGAAUGGGUUUAAAAUAUCCACAUUUUGCAGGUACUUCCAGCCUGGUUUCCUGGAUCUCAGUCCCGGUGAAGUUGCUAGACACGGGCCGGUGGGUUUAACUGGUCUCAGUAAAGACAGGGUCUCAGCUAGCCUCACAGUCGUUGCUGGUUCAGCUGAUCCAUAAAUGGCCUCUGUAGCCCAGGGUUAAAACCAGGAGAGAACUGACAACCCAUUAUGUCCAUGCCUCCAAAUCCAAUUCUCCACCUCUCAGUCUGAACCUGCAUCCUUAUCCAGUCUUUCUUUAGAUGUCUCAAGGAUUUCUGCUUCAACCAGACACGCACCAUUUGGGUGAAAAUAUACUUUCUUCAGCUCUCCUCUAAUCCUAAACCCUGGACUUUGACCUCUCUACCAAGAGACAUAGGACCCUCCUGUCCAUUCUUUCUUUUUCCCUGAUAAACUUUAUCAUCUUCCCCAAGCCUUCUGUCUCCCAAGGAGGAAACCCCCAGUCAAUCUUAUCUCUCCUCUUGGGGGCAGGAUGCAUUGCCCUGUCCUCAGCUUACUCAGUCCAGUGAAUCCAGCUCUUAAUAGCCCAGUCUGGAUAUGUGGUGAGGGUAAGAGAGGGUCUGACGAGGACUUUGAUUGUCUCCCAGGUCGUUCUAGGUUAGCACUGGUAGAGAACGUUGGAUCCUUGGCCUCAGGAGGAGGGGGGGGACACUAGUUCUCACUCCAGCUGGGUGUGCACGCAGAGGGACACGAGAUGCUGGAAUCUGGAGCAAGCAAACAAACAGCUGAGGGAACUCAGCAGGUCAGGCAGCAUCUGUGGGGAUGAAAGGAAUCGUCGACGUUUCGAGUCGAAACACUGCAUCAGGACCCAAAAUGACAACAAUUCCUUUCCCCCUACAAAUGCUUCUCGACCCGCGGAGUUCCUCCAGCGGUGUGUAUGUUGCAGGUGUAUGUUCAUGGGUGUGUUUAACGUCUGGACACUGAGGUGACCAAAGACAAAAAAACACACAGGCUCUCCCAGUGAGCACUGGGUUCAAAACAUCCUCUCAACGCUGCAGUGGUGAGUGGGCUGGUGGUAGGACGAUCCAGAUGACCAGCUAACCAGGCAAGCUCUAGGUAAUCCAACUAGCACUCUGGGCUUGGGUGAGUGUUAUCCAUGCCAUUGAGUGAAGUGGCACUGUGAGGCACAGACCUUCCACUACCAUUGGUCCUGAGGACAAGUCCUCCCUCUUCCAAUACCCCUUCACCCCAUCUCCGCUGGCCCAAAGGACACACACUGACACCAGUUGUUCAGUGCUUGAAGAGGGUGCAUGAGGCAGAAAACCAGCCUUCAUUUUGUGCCAGCAGUGAUCUUGAGAGAGAAGCUGUGGGGCCUCGGUGAGGGACUUCCGAGGGAUAGGGUGACCCCUGCAGGUCAGAGGUUCCCAGCAGUUGCACAAGAAAGUACGAAGAUUCAGGUAAAGAGGAGAGAUUGUAGUGGUGACCAGUAAUACAAAGUUCUGCUUGAGGACAUGAGGUCCAAGAGAAAAUGAGAGAUCAGCUGCUUUCCUUAGGUUAAGUUGCCCCGUUAGUUGGUAACGAUAGUUCCUGACUCACCCCGGGAGGUUUUGAUGAAGAGAAGGGCCCAUGAGAGGGAGGACAAGUGACGUUUUGUAAAACUACCACCAGGUUUCUGAAUCACCUCUGGCGCACAAUGUGCAUAUUUUAAGCCCUGUGAUUUCUAAUACAGUAUCUGUAUACAAUAUACAUUCUAGCUGUGGCUAAUGUGCAAAGGUUUUUAAAAGUCUAUUUUUGAUUGUUUGUUCCUUAGAGAACAAUAAAUGCUUUAACAACCUCAA